AUGUCGCCCUCCGAGAUCGACUCGAUCAACCUGAUCGCCAAUGAUAUGAAAGAGCUGGUCAGAAAGAUACAGGACCUGCGCCAUAUCGGGAUCGAAGACAAGAAGAUCGCGCUCCCGAAGAUCUGUGUUAUUGGCGAUCAGAGUGCUGGGAAGAGCUCUCUCAUCGAAGGCAUGAGCGAGAUCAAAGUUCCCCGAAGCGCGGGUACUUGCACACGCUGUCCCAUGGAGAUUAAUCUUUCAGAGAGUGGACCGGGUCAGGCGUGGACAUGCAAGGUCUUUCUAUCGCGGAAAUACAUGUAUGACGAGACCAAAAAGAUGGUGAAGGUUUCGAAGAAGUCUCAUCCCCUCGGUCCCUGGGUGGAGCAGGAACAAGAAGAUGAGCCGUUCACAGUACUGCGAAACAAAGAUCAAGUCGAAGAAGCGAUCAGAUGGGCCCAGCUCGCGAUUCUGAACCCUUCAAGACCACCCGCCGAAUACGUGCCGGGGCAAAACAGUGACACAGACCCGACCUAUUGCCAGGUGAAGUUUUCACCAAACGUCGUGCGUUUGGAUAUUGCAGCUCCGGCAUUUCCCAACCUGUCAUUCUAUGAUUUGCCCGGGGUCAUCAGUCACGCAGAACAGGAAGAUGAGCGAUAUCUGGUCAACCUUGUGGAGAACCUUGUCAAGUAUUACAUCAUGCAGGACCAUUGUAUCGUCCUGCUGACUUUGCCGAUGACGAACGACGCUACCAACUCAAGUGCUGCGCGUAUCAUGCAAGAAGUUCGUGGAGCCAAGUCGAGGACAAUGGGUGUCUUGACCAAGCCAGACCGCAUUCAGACAGGCGAGUCGUAUGUUCAGUGGGUUGAAAUUCUAGAAGGGGACAAGUUCUCGCUUGGGCACGGAUACUAUGUCGUCCGGAAUAACCCCGACCCAUCGAUUGAGCACUCGACAGCUCGGGAAGAGGAGGAUAAUUUCUUUGCAGAGAGCCCUUGGGCGACUGAUCUGGGUCUAUAUCAGGACAAGUUCGGAACUCGACGCUUACAAGCCGCACUCUCCGCGCUCCUGCUGGAGCAGAUCCAGGGCUGCUUACCAGAGAUUAUCAAACAAAUCAAUGAGAAAGCUAAUCGGAUUGAUCUGGAGCUGCGAUCCCUCCCAGACCCACCUUCUGCGAAUGUUCCAUACAUCAUCUGUGGGAAGUUGAACCAGUUCAAGGAGCAGAUCCGCGCUCAUAUCGAUGGCGGAUCCGCAAAAUACCCUUUGCAGAAGCUUUGGGGACAUAUCGCUAUGGAUUUCAAGCGGUCGUUGAUCGUAACCCGACCCACUGUGCAACUGCUGUCUUCCCACGAUAAAUGGACUUUCCCGACCGAGCACGAUGGGGAAGGCGAUUCCGAUUGUGAGAUGACAUCAGUCUCAGUGCCUGUGAAACGCAAGUCGCCGGGUGAUAAUGGCCCAGAGGCUACUACUAAGCCGCAACCUGUCCCACAAACAGCCAGCAAGAAUAGAGGGUACUCGACAGCGCAUUUCGACAAGUUCACUGCCUCGGCUAUGAUGUUCACCUGGGAACAGAUUCGCGAAAUCAACGAGGAAUCUUACCGAGCUGGGCUUCCCGACCUGACAGAUCCAAAGGCCAUCGAAAUCAUGAAUCAGAAGAGUGUGAAGCAUUGGUCCGAACCGCUGUCGGCAUUUCUGGCUGCCACCCACCGUCUUGUCAGGGACAUGGUGCACAAGCAAAUUGAUGAAGUAUUUUCACAAUAUCACCAGACGGGUCUUUACCGGGAGAUCAAACGUAUCAUUGACGCCUAUCUGUAUAGCCUGAAACGCGAUCAUUUUGAACAUGCUCAAGAAAAUUUCAAUAUUGAGUAUAACAAGCCGUUUACAAUGGACUUUGCGGCCUUGGACCAUGCCACAAAGUCUGCCCGUCAGUACCUGGUUGAGCGGCGUCAACUUUCCCGCGCUGCGUCUUAUCUAGACUCCCAGGGAAAAUAUCCCAAAGGAGACGCGCGGCGGGAAGCGGAACUGAAGAAGAUCACCGAUGCUGAUCUGGGCCGGGACCAAUUCACCCAAGAAAUUGCAAUGAUGGCGACCACCAGAGGCUACUACGACCUAGCCAGCUCCCGGUUCGUGGACUCGAUCUGCCAGAGUGUCCACACUAAAUUGUUCGCCAAAUGUCGCGACGACCUGAUUACAGAGCUUGAGAGGGAGCUCAAUAUCUUUGAUGAUAAUGCGCUGGAGCGUUGCCUCGAGCUGAUGGAAGAAGACCCAGAGCGCCAGCGGCGCCGGCUAUACUUCCUCAAGGAGAAGGAAAAAAUCAAUAAGGCGCAGGAAUGGUUGAAUCUAGCGAAGAAAGAGGACGAUGAAGAAGAUCCUUUGGACAAUGUGAGAAUCAAAUCUCAGCCUGUUGACGAGUGGACUGGUUAUUCCCACAUGGACACCGCUGAGUGA